CCACUCCUUCAGCGACUCGGCGUUGCCAUGAUGAUGGAGUCUCUGCGAGCCCAGCGGCUGCAACCGGGCGUCGGGGGAACGCUGCGAUCGCUACGGCCUGGCGUGACCAACUCCCUCCCCGGCGCUCCUGCCGUCUCCGCGCCGCCGCCGCCUCUCCCGCCGCCCCCUCCGCCGCUCGGGCUCAACUUGGGGCCUCCGCCGCCGCCCCCUCCGCCGCCCUUGCCGCCUCUCCCGCCGCCGCUGCUGUCUGGCGCGGUCGGCGCCUCCUGCUCCCCUGGAGGGUCGGCGACCGGGCCGCCUGCCGUGCUGAGGGAAGCCGUCGAGGCGGUGGUCAGGAGCUUCGCCAAGCACACUCAGGGAUACGGCCGCGUCAAUGUUGUAGAAGCUCUUCAGGAGUUUUGGCAGAUGAAGCAGUCACGUGGUGCUGAUCUGAAAAAUGGCGCUCUGGUGGUUUAUGAGAUGGUCCCAUCCAACAGUCCUCCAUAUGUUUGCUAUGUCACUUUGCCUGGAGGGAGCUGUUUUGGCAGUUUUCAGUUUUGCCCCACCAAAGCUGAAGCAAGGAGAAGUGCAGCCAAAAUUGCUCUAAUGAAUUCUGUCUUCAAUGAACACCCAUCCCGAAGAAUCACAGAUGAAUUUAUUGAAAAAAGUGUCUUGGAGGCCUUGGCAUCUUUCAAUGGUAAUAGAGAAGAGGCAGAUAAUCCGAGCACUGGCAUUGGAGCUUUCCGCUUCAUGUUGGAGUCAAACAAAGGGAAGUCAAUGUUGGAAUUCCAGGAAUUGAUGACAGUCUUUCAACUGCUGCACUGGAAUGGGAGCCUUAAAGCCAUGCGAGAGAGGCAGUGUUCACGUCAGGAGGUGUUGGCUCACUACUCACACCGUGCUCUGGAUGAUGACAUCAGGAACCAGAUGGCAAUGGACUGGGUCAGUCGGGAGCAGAAUAUCCCAGGGGCCCUUUCCAGGGAGCUGGCCUCAACGGAACGGGAAUUGGAUGAAGCCCGGCUGGCUGGGAAGGAACUACGAUUCCACAAGGAGAAGAAAGACAUCCUGAUGUUGGCAGCUGGCCAGUUGGGGAAUAUGCACUCUUCCAACUGUUAGGACCACAGAGAUCUGUUCUGCUUCUCUUCUUCCCUCCUCCUUCUCCAUAGAGCUAGCCUGCUAAAGGGAUCUGACCUAGUUUUUAACAAGUUUGAGGAGGCAAAAUAAGCAAAUCACCUUUUAAAAAAUUCUGAUAACCUCCAGACAUUUGAAGUUACGCAUAUACUGUUGAAUUUGGAGGGGGCAGAUAUUCCUGUUGUGUUCUAAAGUAUUGAAGUUGGCAAAUUAAUUACCUUUUUCUAGUCAGUCAAGAUACAAGUAUCCAUCAGUUGGUUAACAAAAAGAACAUUUCAGAAUCUGGAAAUUUUUGCCAAAUUUUGUAUUUGUUCCCUCUUCAGUUUCAGGUGUAAUCUGAACCACGUUACAAGUGCACAGAUGCCUUCUUUUCAAGAACUGUGUCCUGUUUGCACAUAUUUUAAAUUUUUUGUAGAUGUUUCUGUAUAGAUUUUAUACUUGGGUCUCCUCAGUUCAUGUGUUCUCUCCACUAGAGAAUUUCUAAUGAGUCUGAGCACCUUUUAAAUGUAGCUCUUUCAGUGUUAAACACUUAGACCUCCAUUCUUUCCAGGUAUUGUACAGCUAUCAGUAUUAAAUAUAAAUGUAGCAUUUCCAGGAGAAUACAAGCUUGUGCCAUGGAUAUGAUAGAUAAUGACACAUUUCUUUUAAAUCCUAGGUAUUUUUUUCAGUGAAACCUGGCUUGAUAUAGCCUCCCUUCCCUCACUUACCUGAAAAGCACAGCACUUAAAACACUCUGUUGCAGUAAUCCUUCAGCAUCUGCUAGAGUUCUGUUUCAGUUGGGUUGCCUCAGGAUUUGUGGCAUCUUGUUUUGCCUGGUAUCUGUGUGUAAAAUUUCACAUAGUAUGAGAACUGGAGGAUACAGAAAAUUGCAAUGGGUUUUAGAUGUUUAUAUGUAAUGUUUUUGCUUUUCUAGUGACUUAAGCCCAGGCAGAAUCUCAGUGCCUAAAGGAGUUGCCCUGGCUUUGGAGAAUAUUAUGUUUAUCUAGCAAUUACGCUAAGGUGGAGAGCUCCUGGUCUUUGGCAUUUAAUCCUCUUUGCUUCUUGCUGUAGUAGGUAAGUGGGUAGUCAGGAGGGCUGCUUCUAAAGCUCUCAGUAGCUGAUACUCUUCAAGCGGAAUGUGUGUCUCUCACGCCGGCUCAUCUUUCUGAGUCUGGAUUACUUUGACUGGGUUCCAGAAGAUGCAGUAUACUUGGAGUUGCCAAUGGAAAACCUAGUCCGUUCAUGCUAUCAUAUAGGCUGCUUUUAUUACCGGAAUGGUGUUUGUGCCAGAGCCCUGGAUUCAGUUGGUUCCUUGAAAGAUCGUACCAAGAUCCCAGCUCUGGGACUGUUUUGCUCACAUGGUUUCCAUUAGCCAGUGUGUACAUAAACCUCUUAUGAACUGAGA